AUGGCUCAAAAUGUUCUUAUAACGAUUAUGAUAAUAAUGAUGAUGAUCGCUAUGGGAACUGAUAUUUCCUGGAAUCAGAUUUAUACAGGAAUUCGAAAACCCGUUGGUCCAGCCAUUGGACUGUUUUGCCAGUUUAUUAUAAUGCCAUUAAUUGGAUUUCUUUAUAAUAUUAUAUUUCAAUUCGAAUCGAGUUUAGCGGCUGGUUUGCUUAUUAUAUCCUGUUGUCCCGGAGGUGCAGUUUCUAAUCUAUUUACAUAUUAUUUGGAUGGUGAUGUUUCCCUGAGUGUGACGAUGACCACAAUAUCAAUCGUGGUUUCUCUCGGUAUGAUGCCUUUCAAUACUUGGAUAUACGCAAAUAAUACAGAAGCUAAGAACUUAAUAAUACCUUAUGGCAAUAUUGCAUUAUCGCUAUUAAUUAUUGUUUCUCCAGUAACUAUCGGCAUGCUUAUAAAAUGGAAAUUUCCAAAGAUAUCUUCUCAUUUCACUAAGUGGGGAAGUGGAAUCAGUAUGAUUUUACUUAUAAUUAUAAUUACAAUACAAAUAGUCUCCUUCGGACAUAUAUUUGAUAUCGUAUUAUGGAAAGUGAUUGUAACUGCUGGAGUUUUUCCUAUAACAGGAUUUUUAAUUGGAUACUCAAUAGCGAUUAUAAGCAGAAUGUCCAAGUCAGCUUGCAUGGCAAUAGCUGUUGAGAGCGGAAUUCAAAAUGUGUCUGUUGCAUACAGCAUCAUUGUUUUAUCGUUCGAUACCACCAAAAAUGACUCCAUUCUUCUGUUUCCAUUGUUCUAUGGAAUAUCACAAAUGGUAAAUUAUUUUUUUCUAUAUAUAAUUUAUCGUGUUAUAAGAAAAACUUUCCAUAAAAUGGAAGAAGAGUGCAUCGAAGAGAAAGAUAAAGUAUCGAGCAGUGAAAACGAUGAUAAUGAAACGACGUAUGAGGUUUAUAAAAAUUUACUACUUACCACAGAAGUUAACUGGAAAAAGUCGUUAAAAUCGAUUAAUAAAUUAAUUCUUCCGUACAUGUUGAGAAUGACAGAAGAAGUGAAGAUAUCAAAAUCUUGUCAGAUUUCAGGAAUUCGAUUUUUGAAAGAUUUAAUACAAUUGAAACCCUGGGCUGUAAUGAAGAUUGAAGCUUUUACAGAUGGAUCCAAGUCAACGGACGGCAUGGUAAAUGCCUUUGUGAUCUUUCAGGCUGGUGAAGAGGUUUACAAUGCUUCCUUUACUCUAACCCGGAAUGCUCUGUCUUCCAAGUUGAGAUCUUCUCUACAGUGCUGGACUGUUGCUGCUUUGGAAAAUAAGAAUAAUACUCACUCUGUUGAAAAUGACAUCUUCACUGCAGCUUCUACGUCUUUUAACAAGUAUGCCAUCAAUUGGAUUAAAAAACACAGCGGCAUUCCGGGUAAUGAACAGGCUGACUUUCUGGCGCGAAACAUAACGCAUAAACCUAAUACUCCUCCUGCCUACAAUAUCAUUCCUAAGUCAAGACUUAAAUACCUUAUCUGGGACAAUGCUUUGGAAACCUGGCAACUGGUUUAG